CUUGGUAUUUGACUCAGAUUAUCACGGCCGGCGUCAGCGUGCGUAGAUGCCGUCUCUUAUUGCAAUUACUAUUUAAGCUUAAUCCUUAAUGGCUCUUAAGAUUACUUUAGGGUUUGUUUAUUUAGGGCUUUAUUUUUGUUGAGGAGGAAGUAGUCAGUUUAAUUGGGGAAGAACAGGACUCUGCAACUUGCUUUUACGGUGCCGGAAUUUGUGAUUUCCGUGAUCUUCUCCAGUUUCCUGGCUUCUAUUGAGGCACGAGUUUCUGGCUUUUUGCCGGAAACUUGUGGUCUGAGUUUGAUUCAGACGAUUCAGGCGAUAAAGGUUUCUCUUCUCAGUAAAUUGAUCUGGGGGCAUUUGCUUCCUUCUCAAUGGAGGGUGCUUGAUCGUGUCUGGUUUCAAUGGGUAAAUUGAGGUAUAGGAAUGAAGUUUCAGAGAAAUGUGUACUUUGAUUUUAUUAGAGGCCUCUGAAAUAGGGUAAGAGGCUCUGGCUUAUAUUUUUGGAUUAAGGGAUUGAGGCAAAUAUCCCUUUUAGUGAUCCUUUAGGACAACAAAUUAUAUCCCAGUUCCUUAUCAGGAUCAUUCAAGUGCCUGUAGCUUGCUUUGUGAUCAGUACCUUAAGUUUGAAGCAAUUUCUUUUUAAUUUUCCUUUCCAAUCAUUUAUUUCUCGCCUAAAUCAAAUACCCUAAGAAGCCUCUGUAUUUUCCGGCGUCUCUGGUUUUUCCGGUCGCCGGAAUGAUGACCCUCUCCAACCUCCUCCCUAUCCUCUGUGCGAUCGCCCUUUGUGCUUUUCUCCUUCAUCUCCUCUUCUCUGCAAUUAAUCGACGCCAUUCUUGCCGAAUAUACCGAAUCCCUGAACACAAUGGCAUCAGCAACGAGAAAAACUCGCUUUACUCGAAGGUCUCGAUUUACGUUACCGCUCUUUCUCAAGCUGAAGACGCCGAUUUCUCCAAUCUCUACGCCAAGAACUCUGGCGAGUUUUUCCUCCAACCUGAUUCGAACCAUGCGAUCAAAGACUCGUUUUUGGGAACAACAGUUUGGUGGAAACAUGAGGCCCCAGUUUCGGAGAAAGCCUUUCUGUUGCAGAUCAAGAAAGCUUCAAAACCAGGGUUUCUGAGGCCUUAUUUGCAACACGUUCAAGCCAUGGCCAACGAAGGGGAGGCUCGAAGGCGCGAGCCGAGGCUUCAUACCAACGCUUCUGGGAAUCAAUGGCGAUCGGUGCCCUUUAAGCACCCUGCAACUUUUGAAACCCUAGCCAUGGAUGCGGAUCUCAAGAACAAGAUCAAAUCGGACCUCGAAGCUUUUGUUAAAGGGAGAAAUUACUAUCAGAAGCUAGGCCGGCCAUGGAAACGAAACUAUCUUUUCUAUGGGCCAGCGGGUACUGGUAAAUCGAGCACCAUAGCCGCAAUGGCGAACUUCCUCUGCUAUGAUGUCUAUGACCUGCAACUCUCUAACCUUACCGACGACUCAGAUCUCAAACUCUCUCUAAUGCAAACAUCAGGUCGCUCGAUCCUCGUUGUUGAAGACAUUGACCGCUUUUUGGGCGGAAACCUCGCCGGAAAAGGGAGCCCUAGCUUUUCCGGGGUCCUCAACUUCAUGGAUGGUCUCUGGUCAAGCUGCGUUGAAGAGAGGAUCAUGGUUUUCACCAUGAGUUCAGAGAACAAAGAAGUGAUUGAACCCAUUUUUCUAAGACCGGGUCGCCUGGAUGUCCAGGUAUGUUUUCCUCACUGUACUUUUCCGGCCUUCAAAGCCAUGGCGAAUAGCUAUUUGGGGGUAAAAGAUCAUAAGCUUUUCCCCCAUGUCAAAGAAUCGUUCGAUUCAGGUGGGGUUUUGACACCAGCUGAAAUAGGUGAGAUCCUCAUGGUUAACAAGAGCUCACCAAGCCGUGCCAUAAAGUCAGUGAUCAAUGCGUUGCAGAGCAGCAGCCGCUCCUGUAAAUUGGCUGUCAAUUCGGCCGGAAAUCGUGCCGGAAGAGGCGUGGGCUUUGGAGAGAGGCAAUCUUCGCCAGAAGAGGGAUCGCCGGAAAAUUGUGGGGUGAUAAAAAGAGAGGUUCAAUCGGUUUUGGAGCUCAAGAAACUGUACAGUUUUCUUAGAUUGAAGAGUGGGAGAAAAUUAGGGUUCCAGCUCAACCCUUCUUAGUUGCCCAAAAAACCAGAUCGUGGCCAUUUGUUUAGCGGCGAAAUUGAGAAAUGCAGGUUUCAACCCCCGGAAAUUAUUUGUCCGGCACAUAUAUUGGCCUGAAAUUGGGCGCUUGGAAUCCUCUGGCUUAUUAUUUCGUACCGACCGGAAAGUUUGUUCUCCGGCCGUCCAUGCCUUGGCGCGAGCGAUAGCGAGGGGGAUCUUUUUAUUUUUUAUUUUUAUUUUUUGUGUUUGUUAUUCGUAAUUAGUGCAACGGAGAAAAUAAAGAAAUGAAAUAAAACGAAUCGAGGGUGAGUUUUGACAA